AUGCCUCCUUCAUUACGAGUCCCCGCGGAGAAGGUCGCGAUUGCGGCCUCUGCUGCGGCAGCGACUGUGGUCGGCGCUCUGUACGCCAACAGUCGAUAUGGGGUUUCCUACGACAUUAACCAACUGCUCGCCGAAAAGUCAUUCCGAAAGCGAUUCCAGGAGCGCGUCGAUACAUUGGGCAAUGAUGUGUCUGUUUUCCACAUGUUCGAGCUGGCAGACCCACGGGCAGAGGCUCUUUGGUUUGAGGGCCGCACCUGGACCUAUGGAGAGGUUCUCGCUGAGGCAAGCAAAUUGGCAGCUAUUUUCCAUCGUCAGGGAGUUUCCAACGGGGAUGUCGUCGCAGUUUUUGCUACCAACUCACCUGAGAUGGUAUUUACCAUAGUCGCAACAUCCAAACUUGGGGCUGUGCCAGCGUUGAUUAACACUGCCCUACAGAACCAGACGCUUCAACAUUGUCUUAAUAUUGCCAAUGCGAAAAUCCUGGUAUGCACGCCAGACGUCGCGCCGGCAAUCGCAGACCUCAAGGGUGAGGGCACGCCAUCCGUUGUUUUCUCUCUCAAUCUUUCCUCCUUUCCGCCACUACAGCUAUCACCGGACGCCUGCACCGCGUCAGAUAUCACGCAACUGAGGUAUGAAGACCUUGCGGCAAUCAAGGACGAUACUGUCCUUCGCCCGAAACGUGUUCUCAAAGACGUAGGCGCCUUGGUUUAUACCUCUGGCACAAGCGGAAAGCCAAAGGCUGUGGCUGUCAAGAACUUCUUGCUCGUUCUUGUUUCGACCCCAGCCACUGUCGAUCUGAAGAACCCAAAGACAUACCUUCCCCUCCGCACCUUUUCCUGUCUUCCCCUAUUUCAUGCCACAGCUCUCUUCACUGGGAUUUACUACAGUACUGGCCUUUCUGCCUCUUUUUGUCUUUCACGCAAGUUCUCAGCUUCGCGUUUCUCAGCACAGCUUGUCGAAUGCGGCGCCACCCGGAUGCUCUACGUCGGAGAGCUGUGCAGGUACCUGAUCGCAGCUCCCGAAUCCCCUUACGACCGAGCGCAUAAAUGCGUUACAGCCAUGGGCAACGGGCUGCAUCGAGAUGUCUGGUUGCAGUUCACGAAACGAUUCGGCAUCCCUGAGAUUCGGGAGAUUUAUCGCUCAACUGAAGGCAUCGCCAAGUUUGAUAACGUGGCACGCACAACCGCAGCCGCGGGCAUGGUUGGCUUCGCUGGGCCUCUCAAGCUAUACGCCGAAGACGACACCUUCCUCGUCAAGUAUGAUGCCACCACCGAGGAGCCUUACAGGGACCCCAAGACCGGAUUCUGCGUACGAGCCGAGGCCGAUGAGCCUGGCGAGGCCAUUGGUCGCGUGCGGUCAAUGGAUUUCCUCAAUGAUUACCACGGCGACAAGGCGGCUACGGAUCUGAAGCUGAUUUCCAACGUCUUUGAAAAGGGUGAUGUCUUCCAGAGGACUGGAGACUUGCUUGUAAGACAAAGUACAGGUUGGGUACGCUUUCACGACCGCUCGGGCGACACGUUUAGGUGGCGUGGCGAAAAUGUCAGCGCCAGCGAGGUUCGUGAGCACAUUGGCAAGCUUGAGGGUGUCCAAGACACUUCUGUUUACGCCGUGAAGCUCCCCGGAUAUGACGGCCAGGCUGGAGCGGCCUCGAUUACCUUGAAUGAUCCUUCUCAAGAAUCCGAGUUUGUGAAGUCUCUCUACAGCGACCUCCGAGCCAGCGGUCUUGCCCUUUACCAGAUGCCGAGGCUUGUUCGGUUUCGCGCUUCGAUUGAGACAACUGCUACCUUUAAGAAGUCUACUGGGGCGUUGAAAGGCCUCUCCUGGAAUCCGUCCGAAGAUCAACCAGACAAUGUCUACUGGCUUAAUG